UUUUGUAUUUCUCUUCUCCCUUGUUCUGCUUGCAAGAAUGAAUGAUGCAAGAAAAGGUCCAGAAGAAUACUGGAGAAGUAUAAUGAAAGACGAGCCCAUGCCAAAAGCGAUUCAAGAUGUUCUGAGUGAAGAUUCGACUGAUAAAGAGAAUAACAGGGAUCGAUUCACAAGAGAUUUCGAUACAAAGCCAAAUCUCAUAAUCUAUCAUUCUCAUGUGAUGUAUAAUCAAAAAGAUCACGAGUUAGCAUCUUCUAAGAUAAACUAG